GCUCUUUUCAAGUUUUCGACUCCUCCAUCUAACCCUAAACGAAAAACCGGGAGCAACAGAUAAAUUCCAGAACCGCGUGCUUGGCGACCAAACAUGCUUUUGUGAGUCAGGAAUGCGUGAAUUAACAAUGACGGUGUUCUUUAUCGGACUUUUUCUUUUAAGCGGGAACGCGUUCGCUUUUCGGGCUUACUCCUGGUCUUACGAGGAUGCCGCUAAGUAUUCGAAAGACUAUCGGAAUGAUCCGCUAGUGGUGGAAACCACCUCCGGUUUGAUACGUGGAUACGAAAAAACCGUCUUGGGGCGCGAGGUUCAUUUGUUUACGGGUAUACCGUUUGCGAAGCCACCAGUUGAUCAUUUAAGGUUCAGACGACCGGUACCAAUUGAUCCGUGGCAUGGGAUACUUAAUGCCACUAAGCUUCCUAACUCUUGCUAUCAGGAAAGAUAUGAGUACUUCCCUGGUUUUGAGGGUGAAGAAAUGUGGAACCCAAACACUAACAUCUCAGAAGAUUGUCUUUACUUGAAUAUAUGGGUUCCACAACGGCUGCGCAUAAGGCACCAUGACACUAAACACCCCGUUGAAAGAACCAAAGUACCAGUGCUUAUUUGGAUCUAUGGAGGGGGUUACAUGAGUGGCACCUCAACCCUUAAUAUUUACGAUGCGAGCAUUAUUGCUGCCACCAGUGACGUCAUUGUUGCUUCCAUGCAAUACCGCAUAGGUUCCUUCGGAUUCUUAUAUCUAAACAGGUUUUUCCCUAAGGGUAGUGAGGAAGUUCCAGGCAAUAUGGGAUUAUGGGAUCAGGCAUUGGCUAUACGCUGGAUCAAGGAUAACGCUGCCGCAUUUGGUGGUGAUCCUGAACUGAUUACAGUGUUUGGAGAAUCCGCCGGAGGAGGUUCUGUGAGUAUCUUACUGCUAAGCCCCAUUACAAAAGGGCUUGUAAAAAGAGGAAUACUUCAGUCGGGAACAGUUAAUACCCCUUGGAGCUAUAUGACAGCCGAAACAGCGGAAUCAAUCGCGAAAGUUCUUAUACAAGAUUGUGGUUGUAACGUCACAAUUUUGGAAACGCGCCCCUACGAAGUUUUGGAUUGUAUGCGAGCUGCGGACGCCAAAACGAUUUCUUUACAGCAGUGGAAUUCUUAUUCGGGGAUUUUGGGAUUUCCGUCGAUGCCCACCAUAGAGGGCGUUUUUUUACCGAAGCAUCCAUUAGAUAUGGUGUCGGAUGGGGAUUAUGAGGAUAUGGAAAUUUUGUUAGGGAGCAAUCAGGAUGAAGGUGAGUGA